UCAAAUCUGAACCACCGCAUACCUUAGCCCUUUAAUUACUUCAAUGCCGCCACCGUCAUCAUCCUCAUCGCCACCGGUGCCGUCGCCAUUGGGGCCACCAUCCCCAUGGGAGCCCUUAAAAUACCGGACGUCCUACGACGUUUUCUUGAGCUUCAGAGGUGAAGACACACGAAGGACCUUCACGGACCACCUCUACGCCGCACUACAUCGUGCCGGAGUCGUGACGUUUAGGGAUGCCGAGGGACUAAGAUGGGGAGAAAACAUAGAGGAGAAAUUAAUGCAGAUAAUAGAAGGGUGUAGGAUCUCUCUCAUAGUCUUCUCAGACAAGUACGCGGAUUCGAGAUGGUGUCUCCAGGAGCUGGUGCAGAUCAUGGAGUGUAGAAGAACACGAAGGCAACUGGUUUUCCCCAUAUUCUAUCAUGUUGAUCCUUCACAUGUCAGAAACCAGACCGGUAGCUUUGCUCAUGCGUUUCAGAAAUAUGAAGAAAACAUGCUCUCAGAAAAACAAAAGGAAGGUAGAGAUAAGAUAGCCAGGUGGAGAGCUGCUCUCAUAGGAGCAGCGAAUUUGGUUGGCUUCGAUAUUGCUGAUAGACAUGAAGCAGAGUUUAUCAAUAGCAUAGUUGACGAGAUAUGCAAACAGCUGACCAACACAUACUUGAAUUUAGCUGUCUACCCAGUUGCAAUACAUUCUCGUGUUGAUGAUAUUAGUAAGUGUUUAGGUGUUGGAUUAGAUGAUGAUGUUCGCAUGGUUGGAAUUUGGGGUAUGGGUGGAAUCGGCAAAACAACAGUUGCCAAAGCCAUCUAUAACAAAUUUUAUCAUGACUUUGACAGUAGAUGUUUCCUAGCAGAUGUUAGGGAGACUGCAAAGGACUCAAAUGGUAAGAUUGUUCUGCAAGAAAGACUUCUUUCUGAUGUCUUAAAACCAAUCAAGAUUGUGGUAGGUGAUGUUUCCAGAGGGGUCAAUGUAAUAAAAGAACGACUUGGAAGCAAAAAGGUACUUGUCAUUUUUGAUGAUGUAGAUCAUGAGGACCAAUUGCAUGCAUUGGCUAUAAGCCGUGAUUCCUUUGGUCCGGGAAGUAGACUUAUUAUAACAACGAGAGACCGGCAUUUGCUAGAGCUACUGAAAGUGGAUACAAUACAUCUAGCUCAAGAAAUGAAUGAAGAAGAAGCUCUUGAGCUCUUCAGUUGGCAUGCCUUUCAAAAUAUUUCUCCUAAUGAAGAGUAUGUCGAACUCUCAAGAAGAGUGGUUGCUUACUGUGGAGGUUUACCACUGGCUCUUGAAAUUUUAGGGUCUUUUCUCUUUAGAAGGAGCAUAGGAGAUUGGAAUAGCACACUGAAGAAAUUGGAAAAAAUUCCUGAUGGCAGAAUUCAGUCAAGGCUCAGAAUAAGCUUUGAUGCAAUUGAUGAGAGCCAGAGGAACAUAUUCCUCCAUAUAUGUUGUUACUUCAUCGGAAUGGACAAGAACUAUGUCAUAAAUAUACUUAAGGGCUGUGGUUUUUCUCCAGAAAUAGAAAUCAGUGUCCUGCUCCAACGUUGCCUUGUAACUAUUAGUGAGAAAAACAAGCUCAUGGUGAAUGAUUUGCUUCGAGACAUGGGCAGAGAAGUUGUUCGUGAAGAAUCCCCGAACCGCCCUGAAAGACGUAGUAGAUUGUGGCAUCAGGAAGAUGUAACAGAUGUAUUGAAUGAUGAAUCUGGAACUGAAGAGACUGAAGGACUCGCUCUAAAUUUGCAAAGAUCUGACAACAUGAGUUUCAGUGCAGAUGCAUUUAGAAACAUGAAGAGACUGAAAUUGCUCCAACUCAACCAUGUAAAACUCACUGGAGACUACGACAAGUUUCCCAAAAAGCUAAUCUGGCUCUGCUUGCGAGGAUUCUCUGCACAGGUCAUACGAAAUGGGUUUCUUAAUGAACCAUACCUGGUUUCUCUCGACCUGCGGUACAGCAAUCUCGUACGAGUUUGGGAGUAUUCCAGGCGGCUUGGGAAAUUGGAGAUACUUGAUCUCAGUCAUUCACAUUACCUAAGACAAUCACCAGACUUUUCACAACUCCCAAAUCUACAGUAUUUGAUCCUUAAAGACUGUGUGAGUUUGCCAAAGAUUGACAAGUCCAUUGGACUUGUUUCUCAACUUGCCUUGCUAAAUCUUAAAGGAUGCACUAAGCUCAAGGACCUUCCGGAGGAUUUUUAUAAGUUGCGUUCUGUUAGGACUCUUGUUCUUUCUGGCUGUUCGAGAUUUAAGAAGUUGAGCAAGCAUAUAGGAAAAAUGAGGUUGUUGAAAACUCUUGUUAUAAGUGGCACAGCCAUAAGUGAAGUACCAUCCUCUGUAGAUAAAAUGAACCUGGACUUUUCAUCUCGACAAGGCCUGAGGGGACUAAAACGAUUUACCCAGGAUAAGACAGUAGGAUAUAGGCUGAGUUUGUGGGAGCGUAUUAUAUUUAUUUUCUAUAUACUAAAGGACAGUUGCUGUUCACAAGGGCCUGAAAGAGAGUGA